AUGAUAUACGUAUACAUCAUUUGUUUGUAUGUCUUCUUGUAUCUACAUGAUGUGUGUGUGUGUGUGUGUGUAGAAUGUAUACCGGACUUAAGGGUGAAUGUGGACUUCCCUGGCAGCGAUGUGCUGCAGAUCUUCUCCCCUGAUGUGCUCCACUGCCAGCGGGCCUGCAGUCAGCAUCACUCCUGCCAGUUCUUCACCUUUAUCAGGCCUGAAUGGACCAGGGAUAGCAGGCAAUUCUGCUGUUACCUGAAGCACACAGAAUCUGGGGCACCAUCUCGAGUGACCGAGCUGGAGGGGGUGACAUCAGGCUACUCCCUUAAAAACUGCAACGGGACAAAUGGUGGGCCUAGUCUGCUUCCUCUUCACCUCAGUAACUGCUGCAUAAACAAAUGUAAAACUAAGAGAGACUGCCAGAGAGCCUGUACAUCAGAUCCAGGAUGUCAGUUCUUCUCCUGGCUGAAUGAUGACUUUGCCAGACCUCAUUACAAAUACAAAUGCCACCUGAAGUUCUGUUGGUCAGUUUCAAAACCGCCAGCACUGAAGGUCCUGAGUGGGGUUGUGUCAGGCUUCUCGCAAAAGUUCUUCCAGAACAACAGUCGGUCAGAUGGUCAAAUUUUACUUCCUCUGGCAGCUGAACAGUGUGAGGCUCAGAUCCUCACAAAUACAGAUUUCCCCCGUCAUGAUUUUGAACAGAUUCCUGCAGUGUCUGCUGAGCACUGCCAGUUCCUUUGCUCUGCUCACCCUAAAUGCACCUACUUCUCUUAUGAAAAGCAGAAGAUGCGUUGCUUCCUGAAAGAUUCAAAAGAGGAGAAGCCUAUGAAGGCAAAAGGAGAAGUAUACUCUGGAAUGCCAUCACGGUUCUGUGAACUCCCUAGAGGUGUGUGCAUGCACAUGGCCUGCAGGAGGCGGUGUUUCCUAAAGCAGGUCAUCACUAUGCCUGUGCCUUCUAAAGUGGCGUCCCUGAAAGGGGUUGUGUCUGGAUUUUCUUUGAGGGGCUGCCGUGAUCCUAAACCAGAAGAGACUAUGGUGGCUGUGGAAAAGGUGUGGAUAAAUAUGCACAUGUAUAUCUUACCUCUUAAAUAUUCACACCUACAUUUUUACAUUUGUAUGCGAAUAAAUUGACCAUGUGUAGACAGAGUUAUACACUUCACACUGACCAAAACAAGUGACUUGUACCCGAUAGCUACAUUCAAAUUCUGAGUGUGCAUUCUGCAUAUGUAAACAAAGAUAUUGAAAUAGAAUAUUCUCUUUGACUAUAAUGGUCCUGACUGAAAUAGAGUAAAUGCAUAGCUCUAUCUAUUAUUUCUCUCUAAUAUAUCAGUCUGGGAACACCUUUGGUAUUAAGGUUUGUUCCUCUCAGUCACUAGGAUGAUGAAGCAAUAAAACAGUAGUUGCAAUGGCAGCAAACAUCUAC